CCCUCUUUCCUGAUCGUUGAUUAGCAUAAAUCACAUUCGUGAGGGGAAUAUAAAAUCGGGCCUGAACCUUUUCCACUUGGGGUAGUCCAUCCUAUUCUCAUCGCGCAUGAUCUUUCGCAAAAAAAGGGGAUGAAUGCGCAUGCGAAAAUUACAAUGUUCAUUCGGCGUCGGUCACAUCCACUAUGAGUGGUGGUGUCUACGGUGGUGAUGAGGUCGGCGCCAUUAUAUUUGACAUUGGACAUCAGAGCUUGCGGGUGGGUUAUGGAGGUGAGGACAGCCCAAAAGCCGAAAUUCCGACGAGCCUGGGGGUGUGGGACGACCCCACCGAAUCCACCAAUACACCCAAAAAAAGAUACAACAUUGACGUCACAGCUAUACAAGUGCGACGAAAAGACAUGGAGAUAGUCAGCAUGAUGAAAGACGGAAUGAUAGACGAUUGGGACAUGUUCGAACGUCUAGCCGAAUACACAUACAAACAGCGUCUCCACGCUCUCUCGGAGCACCAUCCAAUUCUGAUGACCGAGUGUCCCUGGAAUACACGAGUAAAACGUGAAAAACUCCUGGAGUUGAUGUUCGAGAAGUUCAAUGUUCCCGCAAUGUACAUCUGCAAAAAUGCUGUGCUGGCAGCUUACGCUAACGGAAGAUCAACUGCGAUGGUCGUAGACAGCGGUGCAACACACACCAGUGCUGUUCCGGUUCAUGAUGGAUAUGUAAUCACUCAGGGCAUUGUAAAAAGUCCACUAGGAGGUGACUUCAUUACCAUGCAGUGCCGACAGUUUUUCGAGGAGAAGAGCAUCGAACUGAUGCCUGCCUGCUUGGUAGGCAGUAAAGAUGUCGUCAGGGAGAGGGACAUCCCCCGUUGGACAAAAAAACCAGGUCCUCCCCCCACAUCCACUUGGCUGAGUUACAUGGUACGGGAGUUACUUCAGGAUUUUCAGAUGAAUUGUCUUCAAGUUGCUGAUUCACCUUACGACGAAGAUGUUGCCAAUGCCCUCCCCAUGAAGCAUUUUGAAUUCCCCACUGGUUACAAUGACGAUUAUGGAUCUGUCAGGCUCAUGAUACCCGAGGCUCUAUUCGAUCCUAGUAAUGUCAAAGGGGUUGGAGCGAGUAUUCUUGGUAUUGGACCACUCGUUACAACCAGUGUCGGUAUGUGCGACAUGGACAUAAGACCUAGUCUGUAUGGAAGUGUCGUGGUAACUGGGGGCAAUUCUUGCUUGCAAGGCUUUAGUGAUCGCCUGAAUCGAGACCUAUCCAGCAAAACUCCACCGAGCAUGAGACUGAAGAUAAUGAGUGCUAAUAGCUCGAGCGAGAGACGAUUCGGUGCGUGGAUCGGGGGUUCGAUAUUGAGUUCAUUGGGAACUUUUCAGCAAAUGUGGCUGUCACGACAAGAAUAUGAAGAAUCCGGAAAACGAAUACUGGAUAAAUGCGCCUAAAUUCAGCUAUGGAAAAUUCUCAUUUUUAAACCCUCAAAGACUUCGUCAAUUGAUGGACCUCUGGAUCGGGAGGAAUUUAAUAGACAGUGCCAAAAUGAGGGUGAUGCUGGUGCUCCAGGAAUACUUUCAUUACACAUUUCAAUUGAUUUAGCGCGCAGGCUGUUUCGAUUUCGUUGGUCUUCCUAUUUUUAUACAGGCGAGAGCAAUUCUCGAUCGCUCAAUUACGACUGGUCAUCAGUGGCAAUCAUCCACAAAUAACACAAUCUCAGAUUGUCGCAAGCUCAAAUCCCCAUAUCUGUAUAGUUCUGUCAAUGUGUAUCGUAAUAAUGCCAAGAUAUGUAUCAAAAUGGUGAUUUCCUGAUAAGAAUUCGUAAUUGUAAGUAGAAAAUGAUUUGAGCAGGUGCUCAUGUACCAACAUAUUUAUUCUUUCUAUAAUCAUAAUAAAAAACACUAACAAAAUUCAUCCAACCACAAUAUCACGAGGGAAUUUUCACCCGAGAUUAUUCACUCAUCAUCCAAAAUCAUUCACUGAUCCAUCUCGAUCUCAAUCAUGACGUCUCAUCCACUCACCGAUUAAUUACGCGCAAUGAAAUGUCUUUGAUACUCAGAAAAAAAUCCU